CAAAGGAAGGGACAUUUGAUGUGGCAUUGUGUGAGGAAAUGGAAACUCUGAUAAAAAACUAUAAAACUAAAAGCAUCAAUAUGAAAAAAGAAAAAAGAGAAACAAAAAGGGAAAAAGAGAAAGAAGUACUUGCGCUGUUUAAAAAAGAAGGUGAAGAUAUGUUGAAAAGUAUAAAACAGGCUAGGAAAGUCCUAAAGGAGGCAAAGAAAGAUAACAUGAGAAAAGAAAAGAUAUAUGCAGACCCCCCUCCCUAUCUGCCUUUAGGAAAAGAAUUCCCAUUACUCAAGGGAACCAUGGAGGUAACAGGAGAACUAGAGUUAGAAGGGCAGUUAGAGACGGAAGAUAGAGAGGAACCAGCUGUAAAAACACAGAAGCAAACUAGACAGGAGAAUGCAGAAGGUCUGCAACUCGACUGUUAUAGACAAGCACGUACAGCGUUAGAAAAAAUGAAAGCAUGUCAGGAAGACAAAACCUGGUUUGAGGAAGGAUUAGAAAGAAAACGGAGGAAAGAUAGAGAUAUUGUAGCACAAGCACAAGCUUUGGAAGAAGAAAUGGAAGAGAAAAUUAGAGAAUCAGGGAAAAAGAUCAGAGAGGUAAAUAAAUUGGAAAGAGGAAAGAGUAAGUUGUUCUAUGGUAGUGAGGAUGAGAAUCAGGCAGAGGAGUUAUUUGAGAACGGUAAAGGGGAACAGGGCAGAGAUAAAGGGACACUUAGACCACUGGCCGCACAGCUCCCAAUUUUAAUCAAGGGUGAGCAGGGACAGUAUGUCCCCUGGGCUUCGCAGGACCUCGAGGGGCUUGUCACUCGCCUUCCUGAUAUUCAUGAGGGUGCAGGGAAAUUCAUUAAAGUGUUUGAAGAGGAAACAAUGGGAAAGCUAUUGGCAGUGGGAGAUGUUAAAGCUCUGCUUGCUAAAAUUCUUGGAGGGACAAAGAUGGAUGAAAUUCUUCUUACCACGACUCUAAACAGAGCAGUGAACUCUCACAAUAUGGAUGGGAUUGUUUUUGAUGCAUUCCGCCCAGCAGUAUGGCAGGCAUUGCGUGCGGAGUAUCCGAUCAGACUGAAUCCUAAAUCACUGAAGGGAGAAGGAAUUGGAGAUUUAGAAAAUCCAACCACUUAUGUCCAAAAAGAGCUGAAAAGGUGGAAACAAGAAACUGAGGGGGAUCCCGAAAGAGACCCAUUAAUGUCAAGAGAAAGAGUUACAACGUAAACUAACUCAAUUACAGCUUGAAGAACUCACAAAGAAAAAUAAGAAAAAUAUUCAAGCUUCAGUGACAAAUGCAACAGCCGAACAAAUGACUCUAAUGCCUCCAGUAAUUGCUCCACAACCUACUACUCAGUCAAGCCUACUUACAGCAGUCCCUCCAAAUGAACACUUGAACUCUGUGCCCAUAAUAAAUGUUUAUACUCAACAGCCAGGACAAAUGGGAUGGAGAAAAAACCCCAUACAGCAAAGAGGCAGAGGCAGAGGCAGAGGCAGAGACAGGCCUCCCCCCUUGUGCUGGGGCUGUGGACAGCCCGGACACAUCAAAGCUGACUGUCCAACUCAACAAUGGCCACAGCAACCUCAGGGUAGAAGGGAGAUGAGCUGGCAACAGCCUACUCAGGGCCCAGUGCAGGGCCCAGUAAACCCUUGGGGAGGUCCCAAUCCAGGCUAUUAGGGGUGCCCAGAGAAUCCUAAAGGGGAGAGUCAGCUUCCAAUUUUAUCAACAAAAGCUGAUCAAGAGCCUAUUAUGCAGAUUAAAAUAGAGGGAGAACCAUUUCCAUUUAUGGUAGAUACGGGGGCAAAUUUAACAUGCAUUAAUUUGAAAUAUGCUUCACAUCUCCCCUUGUCUGGAAAAUUUGCAAAGACAAUAGGAUUCUCGGGAAAAAUGCAAUUGAUUCCCAUAACAGCUCCAGUGUGUCUACAA